AUGCCAAAAUUCCAUCCCACUCAGCCUGCUAACCACACCGGCCCGUUUGCUUUUCCCCCCACAUCGCCUCUGGACUAUUCAAAACACUCCAACCCAUCUUAUAAAUGGGUUGACACUCCCCAGCCCCUUUCCACACAGCCCAAACAGUCAGACCAAACCCAUUUUCAAGCCCACCCGGGUAACCCGAAUUCACUAAGUCGCCCCGACCCAGCUCAUAAUUUCUCCUCCUCCAGCGCACGAAUUUCUCAUUCACACUUGCCUAAUAAUUCUGCCCUAAUUUCAACUCCUCCAACGGAAAUCGCUUCUCCCGCUACUUCAACUCCCUCACCAUCGGACGCCCACCGUCACCUUCCUCAUAACUUCACAUCCACACCAAAUCAGCCACCGUUUCCUUCUUCAGCUCGGUUCAACUCUUUCAAUCGUCGCCCCAACAUAUCCUCCAGGCCUGAGUACCCACGACUUUUCCAAUCAGAAAUUCAGACCCACAUAGCUCAAGGCUUAUGCUUCAAGUGUGGAGGCAAGUUCAGACCCAACCAUCAGUGUCCCUUCAAACAGCUCCGUCUGAUGCUCUACAAGGAUGAUGAACAGGACGUCACAGAAUUUCCAGAGGACAACAACCAACCCGAGUUAAGACCAGGCGAUGAAGUGGAGCUUUCUCGCCAUUCAGUUGCUGGUAUCAAUUCCCCUAAGACCUUGAAGUUUCUCGACAAGAUUCGCAAUUCUUCUGUCGUCAUUCUGGUUGACUCCGACGCUUUCCACAGCUUCAUUUCUCAGCAAUUGGUGGUCAUUGGAAAUGGUAGUAAGGUCAUCGGCGGUGAAAUAUGUCCAGGGGUCAAACUCCAGUUACUAGAUAUGCACUUUUUCCAUGAUUACUAUGUAUUUCCGUUGGGCAAUGUGGAUGUCAUCCUUGGGGUGGAUUGGUUGGCGACUUUCGGCAUCAUUCGGACUGAUUGGCAAAAUCUCCCUAUGGUUUUUCAUUGGGGAGGGCAGAAAAUUACAAUUCAGGGAGACCUCUCCUUAGUCACCCAAGAAGCUUCUCUGAAGGCUUUUCGGCAUUUAUUUGAGGAGCCCAGCAAUUUACCGCCACGUCGGACACACGAUCAUGCCAUUCGUUUGUUUGACGGCAUUGCCCCACCGAAUGUACGGCCUUAUCGGUAUCCUCACCACCAAAAAAAUGAGAUUGAGCGACAGGUUCACGAAAUGCUUCAUGCUGGCAUUAUUCAACCAAACCACAGCCCAUUUUCUUGUCCUGUUCUCCUGGUGCAAAAGAAAGAUGGAGGAUGGCGCUUCUGUGUUGACUACCGCGCCCUCAACAAAAUCACUGUUCCAGAUAAGUUUCCUAUUCCUAUUAUAGAUGAGCUGUUAGAUGAGUUAGUUGGUUCCACCAUUUUUACUAAACUGGACUUGAAAUCUAGCUACCACCAAAUUAGAAUUGUUGAUUCUGAUAUUGAGAAAACUACCUUUCGGACACCUGACGGCCAUUACGAGUUUCUUGUAAUGCCUUUUGGCCUGUCCAACGCACCUGCCACUUUUCAGGCCUUAAUGAAUGAAGUCUUUCGGGCCCAUUUACGGCAGUUUAUUCUUGUCUUCUUCGAUUAUAUUCUGAUUUAUAGUAGAGAUUUAACUGCUCAUUUGGAUCAUUUGAAUUUAGCACUACAGCUGCUUUCUAAUCAUCACCUGCUUUUAAACAAGAAGAAAUGUUCCUUUGGGGUCUCUCGUUUGGAGUAUUUGGGUCACCUCAUUUCUGCUGAAGGAGUGGCUGCUAAUCCUCAGAAAAUUCAGUGUAUGAUUGAUUGGCCGCGACCUCGCGAUAUUACUGCACUUUGUGGUUUCUUGGGACUUACAGGCUAUUACCGCCGUUUUGUACCCCACUAUGGACAAAUUGCAGCCCCAUUGACACAACUGUUGAAAAAGAACUCUUUCCAUUGGAAUGAAGACUCUACAGUAGCAUUCGAGAGGUUGAAGGCAGCCAUGACUACUGUUCCAGUCCUUGCCAUGCCUGAUUUUACCCAGCCUUUAUAG